AUGGACACGCCCGACCGCCGCGCCGCGCCGCCGGCUGCCAGAGCGGAGGACUCACCCCUUUUCAGUUUCAUUGAUAGCCUGUCUCCAAUCGAGCCUCUCAAGUCAGCAUAUUCGGGGAAUAGCCUCCAAGCAUACCACCAGUCUCUCAACAUCACCUCUGUUUCCUCCAUCUUCACUUCCCCGCACCACAAUGCACAGAAGGAAUCGAAGCUCUCCAAGAGCUCUUUUGCGGACUUCUCCGAAAAUGAGCUUUGCGUGGACGGCACUGACAAAGACAAACCAUCCAGUUCGUCAAAUGAAGUUAGAUUGUUGGCCUGCACUAGCACUAUAACUCGUGAGAGCCAAACAAUUACCUCUUCAGUAAAUGAAGGGGUUGUUGAUCUUCCCCAAGGGCCUAAUGAUUUGCCGCCACGUGGUCGAUUUUAUUCUGGCAGUCCAGAUCAUAACACAACGCCUUGCCACGGUGUUAGGUCAGAUCUUAAACAGGACAAAUCUCGAAAAUUAGAAGCCAUCCAGACUGCUAAAAAUACUUUGGAGAAAAGGAAAUGUUUGUUUUCCACUGACAUGCAGCUCCCUGAUGGCCAGCCUGCAAAUGACAAUGAAGUUCUUGGCUGUGAAUGGGAUGAAUUGGUUUCUGUAACUUCUGGUGAGCUUUUGGCCUUUGACUCAUCAAUGCACCAAGAUCACAGAGGAAUUCAGCUGGCAGUAAAUAAUGCAGAAUCUUGCGGAUAUUUGCUAUCAAGACUUACUGGGGAUGGUGACAUUGCAGACAGAACACACCCCAGUGCAUCCAGCCAAGCAUACUAUCAAGAGAUGGUAAUGGGAGAAGAUAAGGCAGAAAAUGCUCAAGUCUUUCCCGAAGAUAUAAAAACAAUCUCAGGUGAAGAAAUACAGGAUAAUCUCAAUGAAGAGAAUGCAUGUAAUCCAUUAGACUGCAAGGUUGAGACCCAACAACGUGGUGUUCGAAGACGCUGUCUUGUUUUUGAGGCAUCCAGAUAUCCGCAUAAGACUGCGCAGAAAGAAUCUGUUGCAAAUUUGCCCUUCUCAACUCGCAAAGGCAAAAGUCCUGCACAAAGUCACACAAAUCCAGCAAAAACUCCAUCACCACAUGUAUUUCGUGGUAUCGGUCUUCAUUUAAAUGCUCUUGCUUUAACAGUGAACGACAAAAUCGCUCGUCAGAACCCUGCAACUACUGCUUUGGUUCCAUCACUGAAAGUUGAGCCGGACAUGCAUGGGAAUGUGCUGUCUGCUGGAGAUAAUUUCAUCCAUUCUGGUGCUGGUCUUUUAGACCUUCAGAUGAAUAAUGAUGAUUGUUCAGCUGGAGGCUUUCUUGAAAAUGAUCAUAUUUCAAGUCAAAGCAGCAGCCCCCCAAAGAAGAGGCGUAAAUCAGAUAACAACGAUGAUGACUCAUGCAAACGUUGCAGCUGUAAAAAGUCAAAGUGCUUGAAACUUUAUUGUGAGUGCUUUGCUGCUGGCGUAUACUGUUCGGAACCUUGUUCGUGUCAAGGAUGUCUUAACAAGCCUAUACAUGAGGAAAUUGUUCUCUCUACUCGAAAGCAGAUAGAAUUCCGGAAUCCACUGGCAUUUGCUCCAAAAGUUAUCCGCUUGUCUGAUGCUGCCCAAGAGACUCAGGAAGAUCCUAAUAACACACCUGCUUCGGCUCGUCAUAAGAGAGGAUGCAAUUGCAAGAAGUCAAGCUGUCUCAAGAAAUAUUGCGAAUGCUAUCAGGGAGGUGUUGGCUGCUCCACAAACUGCAGAUGCGAAACUUGCAAAAACACUUUUGGCAUUAGAGAUGGUGCUGUAUCGGCGGAGAAUGAAGAAAUGAAACAAGUAGGCGAACCGACUGAAAGUUGUGGAAAAGAAAAAGAAAAUGACCUACAGAACGCUAAUGUACAGAGCGAAGAUCACAAACUCGUUGAGCUCGCUGUCCCAAUAACACCACCUUUCGAUGUUUCAAGUUCUUUGCUCAAACAGCCAAACUUCUCAAAUGCAAAGCCACCGAGACCUACAAAACCCCGCAGUGGGAGCUCCUCUCGUUCAAAGGCCCCUGAAGCAGUUCACUCUCGCAAGAUUUCAAAGGUCGCUGAAAGCGCGUUCGAUGAGGAGAUGCCUGGCAUCUUAAAAGAAGCUUCUUCUCCUGGUAUCGUCAAGACUUCUUCACCUAAUGGAAAAAGGGUGUCACCACCGCAUAAUGCACUCAGCAUUUCACCAAACCGAAAAGGAGGGCGGAAGCUUAUUCUGAAAUCCAUCCCCUCUUUCCCGUCACUUCUUGGAGACAUGGGUAGUGGGUCUGCAGCAGGCAAUGCCGACAGCACAUUCAGCGCAUCGCCUCUUGCUUUAGGUCCGUCAUAGAAGCUGGGAAAUAGAUUACUUGCAACCGGAGUACGACUUGUAAUCCGACUGUGGAACCUCACAUAUUACUCAGUGUCAAGGCUCGAGGUACUGGUAGAGAAAAUCAUGUUAGGACUUAAAAGAUCAGGUAGCCUGUAUUUGUAAUAUAUUUAAUUAGUGAAUAAAUCUGUAUGUAAGAUGCUAAAGAUUUUAUGUAGUUAGGUUUCCUUAUCAACUUGUAGUAAUACUACAUAAAUCGUGUGUGGGU